CCAAUUCUCUAUUUACUGAACGACUGCAGAUAUGUUGGUACUUCAAGGUCUUGAGGUGGAAACGCCUCCUUCAGGACUGGAGAGAGAGUUUCAAACCCUUUUUACUUCUGAUGCUCUGCAAUUUCUGUCUGAACUCAUUUCUGCCUUCCAGUCAGAGGUUGACAAGGUAUUGAACUUGCGAGUGCUCCGGAAAGUGCAGUUGGAUCUGACUGGAGAGCUGCCAGGAUUUCUGCAGGACACGGCCCACAUCCGAAAUGACCCCAGCUGGAGAGUGAGCCCCGUUCCUCAUAGAUUACACUGCAGGCAUGUGGAUAUUGGUGAUCUUUCACCCUGCGACACACAACGCCUUAUAAUGGGGCUGAAAUCUACUGCGCAAGGGUUACAGGUUGAUUUCGAUGAUGGCAACUGCCCGACAUAUCGCAAUCAAAUAAAGGGCAUUUAUAAUGUUUACCAGGCGGUGCAUAACCAGUUUCAGGAUGCACCACACAUAUCUCAGGCUCCGGUGUUGAUGCUCCGUCCACGAGCCUGGAACAUGGUGGAGCACAACAUGAUGGUGAACGGUCGAGAGGUACCAGGUCCACUGUUUGACUUUGGUCUGCUGAUGUUUCAUAAUGCAAAACUGCUCCUUCAGAACCAGAGUGGGCCUUUUUUCUACUUGUCCAAGGUUGAGAGCUACAUGGAGGCCAGACUGUGGAGUCAGGUUUUUUUCUGGACUGAGAAGAAGCUUGGUCUGCCAGCGGGCUGUAUAAAGGCCACCGUGCUGAUCGAGUGUGUGCUGGCGUCCUUCGAGAUGGAGGAGAUUUUGUAUGAGCUCAAGGAGCACUCGGCGGGUCUAAACUGUGGCAUCUGGGAUUACUCGGCCUCCUUCGUCAACAAAUUCGGUGAUCGGGCUGAUUUCCUCCUGCCGGACCGCAGUAAGUAUGUGGACAUGGAGAAGCGUUUUCUGCACAGCUACAUGGAUCUUCUAGUGCAGACGUGUCACCGCAGGGGGGCCCUUGCAACAGGUGGCAUGGCGGCAUUGCUGUUGCCUAGAGACAAAGAGAGUGACCUCUACAAGACUGUUCUUAACACUGUUACCAGACUCAAGUUACUGGAAAUCAAAGCAGGAGUUGAUGGCUUCAUGGUGUAUGACAUGGACCUGAUUGAGCCCAUGCAAAAACUGUUCCAGCUUCACACCGGUGGCCAGAAUCAGCUGAUGCAGCUGCGUGAAGACAUCACUGUGACCCCUAAUGACCUGCUCAUCAUGCCUGCGGGAGGAGUGACACUGUAUGGACUCAGAUAUAACAUUGCUGUAGGAGUUCUCUUCAUUGAAGCCUGGCUUUCAGGUAGAGGUCAUUUCUUCUAUCUGGGGAAGGUUGAGGAUUCAGCAACAGCAGAGAUAUCCAGAUCUCAGGUUUGGCAGUGGAUCCGGCAUCAGGUGCGCCUGGAGGAUGAUGGGACUGUAGUGACCCGAGCUCUGGUCAGCAGAUUGGCUGAAGAUCUGAUAGGGGAACUGAAGACUGCCAUGCGCUGCCAAACAAACAGAGACAAACAGAGGCUGAUGACUGCAGUGUCCAUGUUUCUAGAAAUCGUACAGAAAAACAGUUUCCCGGAGUUCCUCACUACAUACCUCAACCUGGACCACACUUUCCUGAGCUCUCAGAGCGGACAUGAGGACGCGCCGCCCAAAGCCAGACUCUAAACAAGUAAUAAAUCACAUGCAGAGCAAACGCACAGGAGUAUUUCAUCAUGACAAACUCUAAAUACAUCAAACUAACUAUUCAUCAUAAUGAAGUCUGCAAAUUAAGAGAUUAAUUUAGCUAUCGUGCAGUGAUUCUCAGCCAGGGGCUGCCAGAUGACUUUAAUUAGGGGUGUGCAAUAAUUAAUUGACAUUAAUAUCCUAAUAUGCGAUCUGAGAUACUAAAACAAAAGUCCAAAAGCAUUCAUUGCCUGAUGAGAGUGCAGUUAGAAUGACUUAAUGAUUAAUAUGAAACCCAAAAAACAUCCAUCACAGCAAAAAUCUUCCCAGAAUGUUCUGUUUUAGGUUUUCUUAUAUUAAAUUAUAUAUAUAUAAAAAAAACUGCCUGCAAUGUUUUGAAAUGGUCGGUUUUGACUACCAAAAAACAAACCACAAAAAUACAAAAAAAAA